AUGGCCACUUCACCCCGCCCAGGAGUCUCCUCCGUGGCAUCCUCUCAAACCCAACAGGCGCCCCGACGCUCAGUUUUCCAAACACUUUCCCUCACCAACCAAGUCGCAGUCAUCACAGGAGGUGCUCGAGGCAUCGGUCUCGAGAUUGCACAGGCAUUCGCCGAAGCGGGUGCGGUCGCCUAUUGCUUGGACUUGCCCGAGAAACCGAACGAAGAAUUUGUCAAGGUCUCGCAAUGGGUUGAAUCCCUCCCCGACUUACCCGCGGAGCUCAUCUUGUCGUCGGAGAAGGAUGGUAGGAAGAAAGGUCGCCUGGUCUAUGCUCGCGCUGAUGUGACCGACCAAAUGGAAAUGUGGAGGAAACUCGAAAAGAUUUACGAAGUCGAGGGUAGAGUCGACAUCAUCAAGGUGAACGUCGACGGGGCUUUCUACACCGCCCAGGCUGCCGCCAGACAGAUGAAAAAGCAUGAUCGAGGUGGUAGCAUCAUCUUCACUGCAAGCAUGAGCGGUAGUAUCUCCAACCAGGGCCAGCCAUGGUCUGCGUACACGACCAGCAAAGCCGCCGUCGUUCAAAUGGCGAGGUCUAUGGCCUGUGAACUUGGCAAGGACAAAAUACGCGUCAACAGCGUCAGCCCUGGAUACAUCUACACGGAAAUGACUAAACAGUUCCUCCUGAAGAAUCCAGAAACCCAAGCUCGUUGGUCGUCGCAGAAUCCCCUGGGAAGAAUCGGCUUCCCAGAUGAGUUGAGAAGUGUUUAUCUUUGGCUUGCCGGAAAUGGUUCGAGCUUCUGCACUGGGAGCGAUAUCCUUGUCGAUGGUGGUCAUAGGGCUUGGUAGUAGGGAUAUUGUCUCAUCGAAUUCGUCACUGAAGACCUAUUGUCACUCUCCUAUCCCUUUGUUUCUAGACUUCCGAUUCAGAAGAAAGGGUGCGAGGUAAGGCCUGCAGCCUGCUUGCUUCCUGCUUGCUUGGGUCAAUUCCGUUUCAUUUCAAUCCAACUGAGCCAGUCUCGUUUCACGUAUGAACAGCAAUAGUCAAUUCGAAU